AUGGUGCGCUCUUACAGGAAGUACGAGCCCACUCAAACGUUCGGCACAGUCUGCACAGCGUCCUCGAACUGCAUUUGGACGCCAUCCGAGCCCUUUGCGACCACUGCACGAUCGACGGGCGCAGGGAGGGCAUAUGUCGGCGCGAACGAAGCUGUGCUCGGCUGGGACAUCAAGACUGGAGAGCUGUUGUCGAGAUGGCAUGAUACGGACAACCGGAGCGAGGUGACAUGUCUCUCCCAAUGCGCCGCACAACCCGAUCUGUUUGCCGCCGGAUACAGUGAUGGCGCAAUACGAAUAUGGGAUGCUCUGUCUGGCCAGGUCGUAGUCACCUUCAACGGCCACCGAAGCGCUGUCAUGCACAUCAGGUUCGACGGAGAAGGAUCAAGACUGGCCAGCGGAAGUCGAGAUACGGACAUCAUUGUCUGGAACCUGCUGAGUGAACAGGCAGAGUUCCGGCUGAGAGGGCACAAGGACUUAAUUACUGGCCUGGAGUUCUUGAGGACGAGAGUUGGGCCAAGUAGGCAAAGUCCGCACACCGACGAGGCAAUCGAUGUAGGCCAGAGCGAGAGUGAGGAAGAGCACGAGGAGCAGUAUCUCGUCUCCACCUCGAAGGAUGCAUUAAUCAAGCUUUGGGACUUGCGAAGUCCUCACUGUAUGGAGACGCACGUCGCACAGACAAAUGGAGAAUGCUGGGCGCUCGGCUUAAGUCCCGAUUGCAAUGGGUGUAUUACUGCUGGUAACGAUGGCGAGCUCAAGGUCUGGCGUUUGGACCUUGACGAACUCUCCGAUCGUAGUACACGAUCUGGCGCUGUGAAUGGCAAAAAGCGCGAGGAUGUAUUGCAAACCCGAGGUAUUUUGCGACGACAGGGCGGCGAUCGAACAACGGGGGUGACAUUCCAUCCAAAGCAGGACUACAUUGCCGUCCAUGGCUCUGAAAGUUCUGUUGAACUGUGGCGCAUUCGAGGAUCGGACGAGGUUCAUCGACACAUGCAGCGAAAACGUCGCAGGCGGCGAGAAAAGGCUGCUACUGCCGGGGAGGCACCGAAAGCUGAAGCGGAAGAGUGGCUCGGUGAGCCUGAAGUGAGCGACAUAUUCGUUUCUCAUGUCAUCGUACGAACCGGUGGCAAACUGGGGUCGGUCGACUGGGUCUCGGGAAAGGGUAGUAAGGCAAUCCAGCUGCUGGUGGCCACCAGCAACAAUCAGAUCGAGACAUAUUCGGUGACAUCGCACCGCCAACAACAGAAGACGGCCACCAGGGAACAGCCAGAUUACAACCGAGCACUGUCAGUCGAAGUACCAGGUCACAGAGCUGCUGUACGUACCUUGGCUCUCAGCUCCGACGAUCGAAUGCUGCUUAGUGCCUCGAACAAGCAACUAAAGAUCUGGAACACCAAGACUCGCUCAUGUCUGCGGACUUUGGAGUGUGGUCAAGCCUUGUGCUCUACCUUUCUUCCCGGUGACCGGAUAGUGCUCGUCGGCACAAAGGAAGGCGACUUGGAGAUGUGGGACAUCAGCACAAGCAGCCUCAUCGAACGACUAAAAGCACAUGAUGGCGCGGUCUGGACACUAGCUGUGCACCCGGACGGCAAAAGCAUCGUCACCGGGUCUGCAGACAAGAGCGCCAAGUUUUGGCGGUUUGAUGUGGUUGAGGAAGAGAUACCAGGCACUAGAAGGACGACCCAACGGCUCCAGCUCAAGCAGACGAGACAACUCAAAGUGUCUGACGAGAUACUCAGUGUCGGCUUUUCGUCGGAUGAAAGGCUUCUUGCUCUCAGCACGCUUGACAACACAGUCAAGAUCUUCUUCGUCGACUCACUUAAGCUCUUCCUCACGCUCUACGGCCACAAGCUGCCGGUUCUCAACCUCAGCAUAAGCAGCGAUAGCAAACUCAUCACCACCUGCUCAGCCGACAAGAAUGUCCGUAUUUGGGGCCUCGACUUUGGCGACUGCCACAAAGCAUUUUUCGCGCACAACGACUCUGUCAUGGCUGUCUCGUUCAUCCCUCAUCCGAUCGAGCAGGACGAGAAGCACAUCUUAUUCUCCGCCUCGAAGGAUGGGGUUGUGAAGACAUGGGACGGUGACAAGUUCGAACAGAUCCAGCGACUAGGUGGCCACCAUGGCGAGAUCUGGGCGCUGGUCGUGAGUAGGACUGGCGAGAUGGUUAUCAGCGCUGGCAACGACAAGAGCAUUCGCUUCUGGGAGGUGGGUGACGACCUCGUGUUCCUCGAGGAAGAGCGCGAGCGCGAAUUGGAAGAGGUCUACGAAGGCACCCUUGCGCAGAACCUCGACCGCGACUUUCGUGACGAGGAGCAAGAUGAUGAAGAGGUGGCCGCAGCCAGCAAACAGACCAUCGCCACCCUCACCCACGGCGAGAAAGUCAUGGAGGCACUCGAGCUCAGCAUUGAAGACCUCCGCCUGAUGCAGACGUAUGAGCGGGAGAAGGCGAAGAACCCUCGCCUCGCCGUCCCGCAGCGCAAUCCGCAGUUCCUCGCACUGGGCAAUAUCUCCGCGCAGCAGUACGUUCUCAACACGCUGCAGAAGAUUCCAACACCAGCUCUCAACGACGCUCUCCUCGUCAUUCCUUUCAGUACUCUUCCGACACUCUUCACCUUCCUUGCGCUCUUCCUGCGGCAGCGCAUGAUGCCUGAGCUGACCUGGCGAAUCACUUACUUCCUGCUGCAGGUGCAUAUGCGGCAGAUUGUGGCGAGUCGGCAGUUGAAGCCGCUGCUAGAAGAGAUUCUGGAGGCGUAUGAGGUGUGGCAGGAGGAGCAGAGGAGGGUUGUUGGGUUCAAUCUGGCCGGGUUGGGGAUUAUGAGCAGGGAGGCGAGGGAUAGUGAGAAGAGUGGCUACAUUGAUGAGGUGGACGAGGUUGAGGAGGAUAUCGGAAAGGGGAAGCGGAAGAGGGCUUUUGGUAGUCUUGCUUGA